AUGCUUGUAAAAAAUUUAUUUCCGUCGAUUACUCUUUGGCAUCUUGCCAUAUUUAUUACUAUUUUUAUAAAUCAAUUUAUUGAAUCCGCAUAUUUGAUUAAUCGAGAUAUGUCAUUGAACAGAAGUAACGUGCCCAAGAAUAUACUCGCUACUUCCUUGAUUGGAAGAAACUAUACGGCUCAAUCCAUCCAUUAUCGGUCUAUUCCACAAGUUAUUUUUGAAAAUGAAUAUUUUAAUCGCAAACGUCCAUUAGAAAUGAUUAAUCCGUUCAAUGAAGAUGACUAUUUUAAACUUAUAGCCACUAUAAAAGGCGCUGCUGUUCAAUCCUACUUACCUUAUUAUAAGAUUUAUGAACAAGUUGCUAAAGAAAUCAACGCAGAUUUAUUUGUUUGCGAUUAUUUAAUAAAUCAUCCGUGCUUUGAUCUUGCUUGGAAAUUGGGAAAGCCAGCUGUUGUAAUUUUUACAGACACAUUUUAUGUAUCUAGUCCACCAUAUAAAUCGAAUCCUAUAUAUAGACAUGGAUGCCAUGCGAAUAUGGAAAAUGAAUCAUUUUAUAACAGAUUUAAAUGUGAAAUUAUAUUUCCUCUAAGAAACUCUUGGAAUACAAUAGACGCUAUAAAGGAUCUUAAUGCUCAAAGAGCAAUUGUGGGUGUAGAUCCUCUUUGGAAUAUGAAAGGAAGAGUAUCAAAUCUUUUAAUAUUAACUAAUAAUUUUUUUGGAUAUGAGAUACCAAGUGCUGAUUCACCACUUCAUCAAGAAAUUGGACCUAUUCUACCUGAUACAUUUCCAAGUUUAACACCGGUUAUUGACUCAUUUCUUUCUACUCAUCCUCGAACAAUAUACUUUGCACUUGGAACCAAUGUAAUAAUUCCUCCUCAAAAAGCUAUUAUUAUUUUAAAAUCUUUUCUUGAAUUAAUCAAUGAAAACGUUAUUGAUGGCUUGAUUUGGUCUUAUGGAAAAACAGAUAUCUCAAAACUUUCUCAAUCAACUAAUUCUAGCAUACCAUUAUCUACUAUAUUGAAUAAUGAACAUCCUCAUAUUCAUAUCUCUAAAUCUUCGCCUCAAUUCGCAAUAUUAUCUCAUGAAAAUACUAAAGUAUUUUUAAGUCAUGGUGGUGCCGCUAGUUGUCAUGAAUCUAUGUAUACUGCAACUCCAAUGCUAGUGCUUCCUAUAUUUGGUGAUCAACCUAGAAAUGCUGAAAAAUUGGAAUUUGCGGGUAUAGCUUUGAAACUUUCAAAGAUGAAUUUAAAAGUUGAUGAUAUAGUAUCAAAUAUUAAAAGAUUAUUAAAUGAAGAAAGCUUUAAAAAGAAUGCUGAAAGAUUACAAUUUUUGGCCAAAGUUAACAGCAAAAGAAAAUACAGAGGAGCCGAUUUAAUUGAAGUAGUGAUGAAUACGGUAAAGUAUGAAGGGAUUGAAGAUGAAAAUGGUGGAUUUAAGAUUGAUAAUGAAAACUUAUUAAGAGAUUGGAUUACUCCUGAUACUAGAAUGGGUUUUAUCAGAGGAAAAUAUUUAGAUGUUUAUGGUGUUGCUAUUAUCCUAUUUUUAAUGUUAAGUGGUGGUUUUGUUUAUGUUUUAUUGAAAACUGUUAGAUACAUUUAUAUUAAAUUUAGAAGCGGAAAUGUAAAUUCUCAAGCAUCCUUAAAGUCAAAAAGAGAGUAA